UGGCAAUUUGGCCCGGGUUCGAGCCCUGGAAGUCGCGGUUUUACACGAACGACUGGCCGCCAUGGCAGACACGAUCGUGGUCGCGAUCGACGACGUUCGCGUGUGCGAAGAAAGGAUAUGCAUUGGCGUCCGGGACAAACAGCUUGACUUGACACUUGUCCUUGACGAAGAUGAACUCGCGCCGCUGUUUGCCGGAGCCGCGUGGGCUGGCACGUUGGUGUGGGAUGCUGCUGUCGUUCUGGCGAACCACGUCCUCAACGACGUGCAAGUGGACUCAUUGCGAGUUCUCGAGCUUGGCGCGGGCAUCGGUGUCCCAGGAAUGGUUGCCAGCAUCCUUGGCGCCAAGCACGUCGUGCUCACGGAACAGCCGGAACUCGUCCCAUUGCUCCGGACCAACAUUCGCCGAAACUUCCCCAACGGCGGCGUGACCGCAUCCGCCUUGAGCUGGGGCGUCGAUGCCGCCAAUGCGUUUUGCGACGAGCAUGGCGCAUUUGACAUUGUGCUAAGUUGCGAUUGCAUUUAUCAGCCACUGUACGGGGAGUCGUGGCGAGCUCUGGCGCUGACGAUGGAUGUACUGUGCAAGCGGAACCCGGCGUGCAUCGUCCUGGUCGCAGUCGAACGCCGCCACGAAGACGGCAUCGAUGCGUUCCUCGAGUAUUUGCCAGUCGCGACGGCGCUGCAAGCGACGCAUUACCGCACGGUUCCCAAGGCGACGAAAUCUCUUGGCGACGAAGGUGUCGGUCUCGAACUGUAUCGGAUAACGUUGACGCAUGAAUAGAUUUGUUGAGUUCAGGCGGGUGUCUUGAUACAUCUUUUCAACUGUGC